ACCCUCAGAGCCGAUUCAUUCACAUCUGCUCAGUGGGGCAACAAGGACAGGGCUUUAGGUGGGAAAGAGGGCAGAAGUCUACUUUUACCCGCCGAGUGCCAAGAGAACAGGACAGGACACUACAACUUCUCCGGAGCCGCAUCUGUGCGCUACGGACCGAUCAUGGGUGACUGGAGCUUUCUGGGUAAUAUUUUAGAGGAAGUGAAUGAGCACUCAACGGUGAUCGGCCGGGUGUGGCUCACGGUCCUCUUCAUCUUCCGCAUCCUCAUCCUGGGUACGGCGGCAGAGUUUGUGUGGGGCGACGAGCAGUCAGACUACGUUUGCAACACGCAGCAGCCCGGUUGCGAGAAUGUGUGUUACGACGAGGCGUUCCCCAUCUCCCACAUCCGCCUGUGGGUUCUGCAGAUCAUCUUUGUGUCCACGCCAUCUCUGGUCUACGUGGGCCAUGCCGUGCACCACGUCCACAUGGAGGAGAAACGCAAGGAGCGCGAGGAGGCCGAGCUGAGUCGCCAACAGGAGCUGAGUGAAGAGCGGCUGCCACUAGCGCCUGACCAGGGCAGCGUGCGCACCACCAAGGAGACCAGCACCAAGGGCAGCAAGAAGUUCAGGCUGGAGGGCACCCUGCUGAGGACCUACAUCUGCCACAUCAUCUUCAAGACGCUGUUCGAAGUGGGUUUCGUAGUGGGCCAGUACUUUCUGUACGGCUUCCGCAUCCUGCCGCUGUACAAGUGCAGCCGCUGGCCCUGCCCCAACACCGUAGACUGCUUUGUGUCCCGGCCAACAGAGAAGACAGUCUUCAUCAUUUUCAUGUUGGCCGUGGCUUGCGUCUCGCUCUUCCUCAACUUUGUGGAGAUCAGCCAUCUGGGCUUGAAGAAGAUCCGCUUCGUCUUCUGGAAGCCAACCCCGGGGCAAGCCCAGGGUGAAGGCCUGAACCCCAUGCCCCCCCCAGGGGGGAUCCUCAAGAGCCUGCCCCCCCUGGCCGUGCCUUCCAUCCAGAGGGCCAAAGGCUACAGGCUGCUGGAGGAGGAGAAAGCCCCGUCCGUGACCCACCUCUAUCCUCUGGCAGAGACGUGCAUGGAGGCAGGGAGGUUAACCCCCCUGGCCCCCCCCUUCCAGUGCAUGGAGGAGAAGGCGGAAGAACUGAGGCACACGGAGGACAUUUCUAAGGUGUACAAUGAGACCCUGCCCUCCUAUGCCCAGACCACCGAGAUAGGGGAGGACACACAACCACUACACCAAGAGGAGGAGGAGCAGGAGCAGCAGGAGGUGGUGGAGGAGGACAAAGAAGAGGAGGAAGUAGUGGAGGAGGUGGCGGUGGUGGUGGACGGGGAAGGGGGACCUCCAACCGAGGCGGAGAUGGAGGUGAUGGAUACGAUAGAAGACACCAGACCACUGAGCAGAUUGAGCAAAGCCAGCAGCAGGGCCAGGUCAGACGAUCUCACCGUAUGAACCUGUGAGAGAAAACACGCACGCACACACGCACACACACACACACACACACACACACACACACACACACACACAUCGAACACAGGAGAACAUACACCUAACUCUAGACAACACACAUUUAAAACAGCAGGGCUUAACCAAGGGAAACACAUGUAAAUCCAACAGGGAUAGAUUCAAUCACAAGUUACACAUUACCCUUAUGACGUGGGCAACAUCAUUCAACAAGGCAAAGGAAGAUCUGAGCUUGUUUGUGAGAUAAGUGAAUAUUAUAAAAAGUAGUGGUUAACAAGAGGAGGGAUAGAUUUUUUUCAUUAAGCGUGUUCUUAUGUAAAAAAUGUAGAAAGGACAAACAUGCAGAAAGGGGAAAAUAUUUUUACUUUAACAAUAACCAAUGAAAGUUCACUAAUGUUUACAUAUUCUGGUGGGCUUGAAUGGGUAGGGGAAGAGAUUGAGCAUAUAUUCCUGUCUGCAAGGCAGUAACAUCACCGUAGGCAGACAAGCACUUUCAUUCCCAUACAGUCGGUGACAGACUGCAAUUAUGUAGUUGCAAACAUGUUGCAGGUAGAAGGGCUCUUAUACACCAAGUCCUUGCACAGAAAAAUCAUGGAACAAAAUUUACAAACUUAUGACUGACUCUUCAACACUAAGUUGAUAGUCAUUUUUUUGGAAUAAAAAAUAGCAUCAUUUUGGCACACAUUUCCUAGAGAACUCUGUGCAAGGCCAAUAUAACCCUCAUAUCAACUCAAUUAUGCUUAGAUUUACAUUUCUUUCAAUUGAAGGGAGAUUUGCAUCUAUGUACAAGAACAUAUCUCUCCCUUUCAUGUUUAUAUGCAGCGUUGUACAGCCAAAAAGCUGGGUAGUGGAGAAAAACAAACCCAAAAAAUACCACAUGUUGAAUGUCUCUUUUCAAUGUGAUUCUACAGCUCAUCUUUUGGAUUGCUUAUAUAUUUCGUUGCCUAUAUAAUGCAGAAGUGUGAACUGUUAUAAUGAUGUCUGUCUGUGAAAAGAGAGGAGUGCUGGUUUUGCCCGAUCACAGACUGGCCCAUAGUAACAACCUCAGGCCAAAUCCUCUCUUUUCCCGCUGUACAAACAGGCCUCAGAGCGAUAAAGAUCACGCACGAUCAGCACAAAGUAUUGUGGAGCCACAGACAAUAAAAGAAACCACUCUCACAUAUGAAAAACAAGCUUCCUUGACAUUGUUGUGGGGGAAAAAUAGUUUUACUUGAUUUUAUCUGCCCUUGAUGUUCCUUGCCCCUGUACAAAUAUUAAAUACUUGUUUACAAAAUUUUGAAAGAAAAACAAUAAAUGGUGAAUCUCAUUGUACAUAAACUAUCAUCCUAUCUGAUGUCUAAUAGCAAACAUAAUGUUGAGACAGUUUAAGUUAUGAUAUUAUGUCUAGCUAAAUUACUAGAAAACAGUCAAGAAACAUCAUAAUGCUGCUCAAGUCACUGAUUCGGUAGGGAAAAUUAAGUGCUUAUCAAAAUUGAAUCAUUAUUUCCAUAAUUACCAAAGACUUGCUUUGCAGAACUUUGACCUUUCUUAUCGCUGUCCCAGAGAUGUUUUUAUUUUUUACAUGUUUAAAAAGUUGUUAGAGAGCAGAAUUCUCUCUUACAAGUACUUUUUAAAUUAAAACAAAAAAACAAUUCCCCUUGAAAGGGAUGCCUUAAAGUAUGACUUAUGUGUAUUUAAUUUAAUAUUUCUAUAUUUUUCUCUCUUGCUCUCUCUGCUUUAUUUAGAUUGCUUGGCUAUUUUGCUUUCCAAUGUAUAAUUGUAUGUGCUUUAUCUGUAAAUGUAAAUUCUCAGAUGUCUUUGUAAAGGUUAAAGCACUUCCAUUGCUCUGGGAACUAUGUGAAUGUCAUGUCUUAAAUUCUAUUUUUUUCCCCUUAGCUUUCAAAUAAUCCUUUGUACAUGCAAACACCCCCUUAAUUUGUUAGGGAAAUGUAAAGUUUGUCUGCAAAUAACUGUAUUUGCUUCUCAGUCAGUGCUGUGCCUUAAAGCAAAGCAUUGGUCAAUGCAGCAGUGGGUUUAUCCAGUGGCACAGAUCAAAUGGUGCAGAAAAGCCACAAGCACACACUCACACAUGCAUACACGUGUGCAUGCACACGCACACACACUUCCAGUGUUGGUUUUGGGGGUAUGAUCAAACGGCUCUAGACAAACUCUGACAGAAAGGCAGCUUUGACCCCUUUGUGACCCCUAGCCACUCAUUUGCUUCCCAUAAGCCAAUGCUUUGACAACCUUGUGAAUGAGACAACAGGCUUUUCACAAAUGCAGAAUAGUUUAGCACAUUUCAACACUGAAAUAUAUUCCAAAAUGUGUUCUGGUUCUCAUGUAUGGUAAAUUCAUAUAACUGGUACAUGUGUGUUUUGUGUUUCAAACAGUUCCCCUUGCUUAAUUGUUUGUAAGAACAUUUGACUAAUCUUUGGAAAGAAAAGAUAACUUUUUACUAACUUCUAGUCUUCCUAGUUGUGUGGCUGUAUGAUCUUUUGGACAGUGAACCAAGGCAAUAAAAGGUCACACGUGGGCAAGAA